GUGGUCCGAGGGGGAAAGAGAAGGAAGGGGUCUGUGUGGGUUUACCAGAAGGGAAGGUUUUACAUCUGGCUUGGUGAAAAAAAAAAAGUCGAAGAAAGUUUGUCCUCACGGGUGAUUUCCAUUCGURAGUUUAAAAUUUUUGACAAACAAGUUUGGGAUCAUGUGGCAGUUUUUGGUUCUGGUGGGCGCUGCUGUCGUGAGCGCGCAGUUCCCCAGGGAAUGUGUGACCCCGGAGGGACUCAGGAGUGGACAGUGCUGUCCAUCCCCACCGGGAUUUCCAAAUGACCCCUGUGGCUCCAGUGCGGGGCGCGGACAAUGCGUGUCCAUCGCGGCGGACGCUCGCCCGCACGGGCCCCAGUACCCACACGAUGGACGGGACGACAGGGAGCGAUGGCCCAUUCGYUACUUCAACCGCACCUGUCAAUGCAACGGAAACUUCAGCGGUUUUAACUGCGGCCGAUGCAAACAUGGAUGGACGGGGGCCAACUGUGAUCAAAGAGUCUCUGUGGUGAGGAGGAACGUGAUGCAGCUCAGCGCCGACGAGAAGCGCGCCUUUGUGAGCGCACUGGACCGGGCCAAGCGCACGGUGCACCCCGACCUGGUGAUCGCCACCCGGCACUACUCGAACAUCUUCGGCCCCGACGGGAACACCACGCAGUUCGAGAACUGCACCAUCUACAAUUACUUCGUGUGGUCCCACUACUACUCGGUCAGCAAGACGUUCCUGGGCCCCGGCCAGGCCAGUUUCGGCGGGGUGGACUUCUCCCACGAGGGCCCGGGCUUCGUCACCUGGCACCGGUUUCACCUGCUGCAGCUGGAGCGGGACAUGCAGGACAUGCUGCAGGAUCCAUCCUUUGCCCUGCCCUAUUGGAACUUUGCCAUCGGUGGAAACACAUGUGACAUCUGCACAGAUGACCUGAUGGGAGCCAGGAGCAGUUUUGACAUGAAUUCCUUAAGCUCCAACUCCAUCUUCUCGCAGUGGAGGGUUGUGUGYGAGAGCGUAGAGGACUAUGACACGCUGGGAACCAUCUGCAACAGCACRGAGACAUCUCCCAUCAGGAGAAAUCCAGCCGGGAAUGUGAACAGGCCCAUGGUCCAGCGUCUCCCCGAGCCCCAGGACGUCGCGGACUGUCUUCAAGUUAACACUUUCGACACGCCGCCCUACUACUCCACCUCCUCUGAAAGCUUUAGGAACACCAUAGAAGGUUACAGCGCCCCCAAAGGGAACUACGACCCCAUAGUGAGAAGCCUCCACAACUUGGCCCAUUUGUUCCUGAACGGAACUGGAGGACAGACUCACCUGUCCCCCAACGACCCCAUCUUUGUUCUGCUCCACACCUACACCGACGCCAUAUUUGACGAAUGGUUGAGGAGACACGGUCCAGAUUCGUCUGUGUAUCCUGAUGAAAAUGCCCCAAUUGGUCAUAACAGGGGCUACAAUAUGGUGCCAUUCUGGCCUCCGGUGACUAACUUUGAGAUGUUCGUGACUGCUCCUGAAAAUCUCGGCUACUCUUACGAAGCUGAAUGGCCAGGUCAACCUUUCUCUCUGACUGAAAUCAUAACCAUGUCGAUAGUUGCCGCCCUUGUGGUCGUCGCAAUCAUUUUUGCCGCCACCACGUGCGCCGUGCGAGCCAAGUCCAAGAUGGAGGACCACCAGCCUCUGCUCGGAGAUCAGUACCAGCGUUACGACAAUGAGAAAAGCCAAUCUGUGGUCUAAUAAGGCUGCCUUUUUGUUGUUGUUGUUGUUGUUUUUGUAAUAACAUCACCAUGCAGUUUGCUUGUCUGAAGACACUAUUCUUGCAAAAAACUGCUUUAGUUUACACAUAUAAAGUGCAGUUGUAGUAAAUCUCCCACUCAUGGGGGAGAAUAUCUCCAGGGUUAGAGGUAACCAGGUGAAUUUUAAAGGUGAUCCUGAGUGUUUUGCAUAUUCUCUUUAAAGUUAUAAAAAACUAUAUAACAUGAAAUUAAAAAUGUAAGAUAAACUCCAAGAUCUAACUUCCACCACUGUCUUCUUCUUAAUGUGCCAUAAUGUCCACCAGAGGGUGUUGUAGUUCAAUUUCUGAACCUUUGAGCAAAGUUGUGCCUUUUUUAUGACUUGUGUAAACUGAUUAAUCUUGCAUUGGUAUAAAAAAAUAUUAAAGAAAUAAACUGGGAUGCUAAUUCAAAACCAGAUGUAGCUAGUGUGUAUGUUUGUUUUUGCUUUUACUAACAAAAAUUGAACUGUUUAUUCAUUAAUGUUAUUGUAUGUAUAAUGUUUGUGAAAAUGGGUGCACAUUAAAUAAAAGUCUUUUAUUUGACA